AUGAGUAGUAGCACAGCGCCUACGCGGCACAAGAUUGUAGUAUGCGCCGGGGACUACUGUGGACCUGAGGUGGUUGCUGAAGCAAUCAAGGUCCUCCUGGAAGUCGAACGACAGUCUCCGCAGAUUAUCCUCAAUCUUGUUCACCACCCGAUUGGCGGAGCAGCGUGGAACGAGCACGGCGAGAAUAUUUCUGAAGCGGCACUCGAAGAGUGUGCUUCGGCAUCGGCCGUGCUCGUUGGAGCAGUUGGAGGCCCAGAGUGGCGUGAUGUUGUGCCUGGAGUAGAAUGGGGUCUGGGACGCCUUCGCAAGAGACUUGGUGCAUUUGGCAAUAUCCGACCCGUCCGGACUACUCCUUCAUUGCUUGACCAUUCUGCGCUCAAUGCAGAGAUUUGCACCGGCACCGAUAUCACAAUACUACGCGAACUCACCGGAGGAAUCUACUUUGGGGCUCGGCACGAGUCCGACCAGUAUGCUACUGACACCGACGUCUAUACACGAGCUGAAAUACAGAGAGCAACGAGACUUGCAGGAAUACUCGCUAGUCGAAGCGAUCCUCCACAACGCAUAACAAGUGUCGACAAAGCAGCCGUCUUAGCAGCUUGCGGACGACUAUGGCGAAGUGUAGUCGACCAGACUAUAGCCAUGGAGUUUCCCAACGUGUCAUUGCAGCACGUUUUGGUGAAUAGCGCAGCAAUGGAUCUGAUCAGCAGUCCCAGAAAGCUCAACGGCAUUCUGCUCACUAGCAAUAUGUUUGGCGACAUCUUAAGUGACGAGGCUGGUGCUAUCGUCGGCAGUAUUGGACUACUUCCCAGCGCGAGCCUGUCGGAUCUUCCCACCGCAACAAAUCCAACGGUUCAAGGCCUAUACGAGCCAGUACAUGGCUCUGCCCCUGAUCUUUGCGGUUCAGCCACGGUCAACCCCAUCGGUGCUAUUUUGUCGGUGGCGAUGAUGUGCAGAUACUCGUUAGGACUGGAACGUGCAGCCCAAGCGAUCGAGGACAGUGUCGAAAGCGUGUUGCAGGCUGGAAUCAUCACGCCGGAUCUGGGAGGAUGUUACUCGACUUCUGAUGUAGGCGACGCUGUACUUGCGAGACUGCACAGCCAUUCCAAGACCGCCUGCGCGGACGAGAUCUCGCUCGAUAUCACCCAGCGCGAAGUCCCACGAUUGGUGACCUACUUCAACCACGCAGCGCUCCAUGUCAACGAUGAUCUGCUGUCCAUGUACUGCUGCAGUGGAAAAGUCUUCUGCAUCAAUGCUGAUGGCAAGCAUGCCGAUAUUGGGCAUGUUCCGCGAGAAGAUGUACGAGAAUGA